AGCGAGUGGUCCUCUGUUGCUGUUCUCUCGUUUUUUUCUAAUUUUACUCAUUCCCUUCUUCCUCCUCAUUUCCUCGAGGGAGCAAGGUGUUUGUCCAUCUCUCAUCCAGAGAAGAUAAUUAACUCAGCUCACCAGGAAGAGACUCCCUCGACGAAUACUCACUGCAUCUGGGCAAAUGGAACACUGCCAACUCCUGCAUCAGAGUACAGGGAAUUCCCGGUAAGAGACUGGGAAUACCGGUAAGAGACUGGGAAUACCGGUAAGAGACUGGGAAUACCGGUAAGAAACUGGGAAUACCGGUAUUCCUAAUAGACCGGAACAGGGAUUGCAGCAAGGGAACAGGUGGGAUCUUAGGGAGAGAGCUGGACCUGGACUAAUGCUCCCACUGUCGGAUCGAGACUCAGAUCCCUCCUCUUAAAGAUAGGAGCGUCAGAAUUCAGGAAGACCACACGGACACUUCCCGACACAUUGACUGUGUCUUAUUAUCCCACUCUCGUAUUCCAGCUGCUAAGACUGUUUGCUUACUGGGAGGACAGCGUCGGCUUAACUGCUUGAGUGUGGUCGGACAGUACUGUGUGUGUGUGUGUGUGUGUGUGUGUGUGUGUGUGUGUGUGUGUGUGUGUGUGUGUGUGUGUGUGUGUGUGUGUGUGUGUGUGUGUGUGUGUGUGUGUGUGUGUGUGUGUGUGUGUGUGUGUGUGUCUGAAACUAUUCGGUACCCCAGAGGAAGAUGCCCGCCAUUCUGCUGGCCUCUAAGAUGAAGUCGGGACUGCCCAAACCCAAGCCGGUGCACAGCGCUCUGCCCAUUCCACAGGUGCCCUCGCGCCCCCUCACCCUGCCCCUACCUCUGCCCAUGCCCCUCAAGCCCUCCUACAGACACAUUCCCACAGUGGGCCCCCAGGGGGGCUCGGGACACAACCAGGGAGUCUGGGGAGCCCCCAAAACCAAGAGUGCUCCAGCGACAGACGGUGGAAUUGACACGCAGAUCUAUACGGACUGGGCCAACCACUACCUAGCCAAGUCAGGACACAAGCGACUUAUCAAGGACCUGCAAACAGACGUCGCAGACGGAGUGCUGCUUGCGGAGAUCAUACAGGUUGUCGCCAAUGAGAAGAUUGAAGACAUCAAUGGCUGCCCAAAGAGUCGUUCUCAGAUGAUUGGGAACAUUGAUGCCUGCCUCAGUUUCCUGGUAGCCAAAGGAGUCAACAUACAGGGCCUGUCUGCAGAAGAGAUCCGCAAUGGGAAUCUGAAGGCCAUUCUGGGCCUCUUCUUCAGCCUGUCUCGCUACAAGCAGCAGCAGGCCCACCGCCAGCACUCCCAGCCCCCCCUUAAGUCCCAGUCCCAGAGCCCUCAUCCUCCCCUGAGCCAGCAGACGAGCGCCCCUGCCCAGCUCAGCAGCCAGCCUGCCCCCCAUACGCAUGAGACUCCGGCCCCCACAGCACAAGCAGCCCAGAAAACAGCACAGGUCGAGAUGCAGUCCAGACUUCCAGGCCCGAGUGCGAGGGUGUCCACUGCUGGCAGUGACAUCACACCUCGCGGGUCGGUUGGCGCCGCCGGCAACCGGCGCAGUCAGGGCUUCACAGACAAGACCAAACCAGCCGCUCACCUGCACAAAGAACCGUCCGAGGACAUGACUUCACAGACUCCGGUAAUGACUGAACAUGCUCCGUCGUCCCCUGUGACCAUCAGCACUUCCGCCAACAGCGUCUCUACCUCGGCUCCUGUCCCUCCAUCCUCCUCUUCCUCGGCCAUCCCCCACCCCAACUCCAGCAGCAAGCCCUGGAGGAGUAAGUCUGUGAGCUCCAAGCACACGUCCUCCUCAGCCAUGCUCUCUGUCAAGCAGGAGAAGGAUACCUCCUCAAAGGCCUCCUCGUCCACCGAGCCCCCCCCGAAAGUCAUCCAACAGAAGUCGAUGCUGGAGAAGCUCAAGCUGUUUAACAGUAAAGGCGGAUCUAAGUCCUCGUCCUCCAGCAAUCAGGGAGCUCAGGCGGACAGCGGUGCCCCCGCCCGGCAGCUCGGGGCUGGUGAAGUAGAGAGGGCAGAAGCAGGGUCCAACACCGACUCCCUAGGGGAGGCAGAGGGGAACACCCGGCCCGGCGUCAACGGGACAGGUAACGGGACGACCCACGGCGGUGCUUCUGCCCAUGUCCCUACCGUCGCCACAACAACCAGCAGCCCCAAGAUCGCACUGAGGGGAAUCGCUCAGCGCACGUUCAGCAGAGCUAUGACUUCUAAAAAGAGCUCAGUGAAAGGACUGGAGAAGGAGAAGGAGAAAGAGAGGGAAAGAGUGAAAGAGGCGGGGAAACACAUCGCCACCGAGAGGAUGGAACUCAGGGGGGAGGAGCCUAAGGAGGAAGCGACUACCAGUGUCGCAAUGGAAACAGAACCCUCCUCCAAUAAGAGAACUUCUAAAAUCGCCAGUUUCAUACCCAAAGGGAGCAAAGUGGCCAAGAAGGAGAGUUCUGUCCCUGCACACAGCGGCAUACCAAAGCCAGGGGGUAAAACCUCAGGGGUAGGGGGGAAGGCGCCCUCGGCAGGGGGGAAGGAGGGUGGGGAGCGUCCCCGGAGCAUGCGGUUGGGAGGGGGUCUUGUCCUGCAACGCGGACACCUGGACAGAGACCGAGACAGGGACAGCAGGCACUCUAGCUCUACCUCUAGUCUGGCUUCUACAGAGGGCAAGGCCUCACAACAGGGCCACAGCGCCGCCCCGGUGGUGGAAGGUGGUAGUGGUGGCGCUACACAGAGCACAGCCUGCAACACGGUCAGCGUCCAGCUACCUCAGCCCCAGCAGCACCACAGCCACCCCAACACAGCCACCGUAGCACCCUUCAUGUACAGGUCACAAACGGACGUGGACGGUAUCAUGGCGACAGAGGCAGGGUCAGGAGGAAGGGGCGGAGAAAACACCCCCUUUAAAGCCAGCCAGCCGUCCAUUGAGGACCUUUCAGAAGAAGAUCCAGAGACACGGCGGCUGCGGACUGUUAAAAACAUUGCAGACCUCCGCCAGAACCUGGAAGAGACCAUGUCCAGUCUACGGGGGACUCAGAUCACACACAGCACCUUGGAGACGACCUUUGAUAGCAACGUCACCACGGAGAUCAGCGGUGGCGGGAGUGGGCGGAGCAUCCUCAGCCUUACUUCCUCCCGGCCCUCCCUGUCAUCAUGGCGACUGGGCCAAUCCAGCCCCCGCCUGCAGGCAGGGGACGCACCUUCCACGGGGAACGGCUACGGGGGUCGUGCCUCGGGAGGAGGAGGAGGAGGGCAGGGGGGCCGCUACCUGUACCCUGGCCCCCUGCGGAGACAGCUGGCGGGGCGGGGAGGUGCCCUCAGUAUGGAUCUGGGGGGGAGAGGGGAGGAUAUUGACCUGGAGGGCAUCGCCAUGGAGGUGACGGGCUACAUGAGUGACGGGGAUGUGCUGAGCAAGAACGCAGCGCGCCCUGAUGAUGUCACCAGUGGCUACAUGACGGACGGCGGUCUGAGUCUGUACACGCGGCGACUCAACCGUCUACCUGACGGCAUGGCGGCGGUACGAGAGACCAUCCAACGCAACACCUCCACGGGCCAGGGAGACGCUGACAGUUGGGAUGACAGCAGCUCAGUGAGCAGUGGCAUCAGUGACACCAUCGACACAGAUGACAUCAACACCAGCUCCUCCAUCAGCUCCUACGCCAACACACCGGCCGCACAGCGCAAGGCCCUCAACGGACAGCCCGUGACGGAUGCCGAGAAGCACUCGGCCUCUACCAACCCGAGCCCCGCCUGGUCAGGUGACGAGGUCAGGAGGUUAGACGGGUUGUCGGACAGCGGGGUCAGCAGGAUGGACCAGGGCUCCAAGUGGACCCGCCGGAACCCCUCUGACUUGUCUGACGAGUCGGACAAGGUGGCCUCGCAAAGGAAGACUCCCUCUAUGACACACACAGGGUCCUGGAGGAAGGGCAUGAGUGCUCAGGUGGGGGUGACGAACCCCAGGACUAAAGCUACUGGAAUGUCAGGGUCCACUGCGAUAAAAACGCACAGCACAGGUAAAACAGACGACGUCAAGGUGUCCGAGAAGGGCCGCCUCUCCCCUCGCUCCGACGCCGGACGCAGCAGUGACGACGAGGCCAAGAAGCACGCCCCCUCCACCGCUGCCUCCGCCCGCACCUCACACCCGCACUCCCUGUCCGAACCCCACUCCCAGUCACACGCACUCACCUCCCGCACCCCCACUAGCACAUUUGGCUUCAAGAAGCAGAGUUCCGGGAUGGUUACUAUGGUUACCGCCAGUGGCGCCACCAUCACGAGCGGGUCAGCGACUCUUGGCAAGAUGCCCAAGUCAGGGACGAGAUCCCUAGCCGGUGGGGUAAAGGUCGGUGGUCAAGAUGUGGGGUCCGGUCUAGGUCACCAUGACGACGGGUACCUCUCGGUGACUGCCCGCUCCACACUGCAGUACCGGAGCCUUCCAAGACCCAGCCGGUCCGGCGCCGGCGCGCGUAGCGGAAACCGGUCUUCGACCAGCAGCAUCGAGGCGACCGUGCUUUCCGUUACCACUCACAGUAAAAGCAGAGACGUGGGAAACACUGGGAAAAUGAAUGGAAGUGGGACUGGGGUCUCGCUAGCCAAUCAGACGGACCGAGAGAAGGGCGUGUCAGAGGGCGUGGACAACCUGAGGGGAGGAGCUUCCAACGUACCUCUCACAGGGAGGCAGCAGGUUGCCUCACCCACACUGCGCAGGUUGUUUGGUGGUAAGCCCAGUAAGCAGGCUCCGGUCACCACAGCAGAGAACAUGAAGAACUCAACGGUGAUCUCCAACCCUCACGCGACCCACGCUGCCCUGGACUCCCCUGGAGGUGUUGGGGUGGAGAGCGAGGGCAGCAGCCCCCUGUAUGGAGGACGAAACUUGAGCACGGGCCAUAGCACGCUGGGUAGCGAACAGAGUGCGUCCAGCCCCGGCUCUGUCUACUCCUCCACGGGGCCCUCCAACAGCCUGACAUGGGGCACCACCACGAGCACUGGCUCCUCUGCCCAGAGCAGGGAGGGGACCCUGGGCGGGCACGGUGGCGGGGCGGGAAGCCUGGGCUACCCCUCGGUCAGCAGCAUGCACACCAGCAGCGAGUCCAUCGACAUGAGCGUGAGCAGCGCUGGGCACGGAGGAAGGGACAGCAGGGAGGACACCCUCUCGGCUCUGGGCAGGGCCAGCAGCGUCAAGACGGGCAUGUCUGAGAGCCCCCUGUCCUCCCCCUCCGCUAGCCCUAAAUUCAACCGAAAUACCUUACCUCGGAAACAGGAAAGGGGUCCACACAGUGAUAGAAACACUCUGCCCAAGAAGGGACUCAGGUAUGCCCCAUCACCCCAGCUGCGAGGUCAUGAGGAGGCGGCGCGUGAUUGGCUGCGCUUCCAUUCGCAGGGCGGGCUGCAGGACUCAACCAGUAACUCUCCCUUCUCACCUGGAUCCAGCCUCACCUCACCCUCCGGGACACGCUUCAACUUUGGACAGCUCGCAGGUAGCCCCACCACAGCUGCUCAGAUAAACCUGGCCAGCCUCCGGAACAACAGUCUGACCAAUCAGGACACCACCUUUGACCCAUGUGGUGACACCCGCCUGAGGAACUCCUGCGUGUCAUUGGACGAGAAGACUCGCACCAUGAGCCGCUCUGGUUCCUUCAGAGAGGGCUUUGAGGAGGUUCACGGCUCCUCCCUGUCUCUGGUCUCCAGUACCUCCUCUAUCUACUCUACGACCGAAGAGAAAUCCCAGUCAGAGAUCCGUAAGCUGCGUAGAGAGCUGGAUGCCUCCCAGGAAAAAGUCUCGGCCCUGACGACACAACUGAGUGCCAAUGCUCACCUGGUGGCAGCAUUUGAACAGAGCCUGGGUAACAUGACCAUCAGACUGAAGAGUCUCACUAUGACCGCUGAGCACAAGGACUGUGAGCUGAACGAGCUGAGGAAGAACAUUGAGCUGCUGAAGAAACAAAACAACGUGGCCCAGGCCGCCAUCAACGGAGUCAUCAACACACCUGAGUUCACCUGCAAACAGAACAGGACAGGUUCUUUCUCAGGUGGUGGUGGUAGUAAUGGCAGCUCCCUGCAGCAGCAGCAGCCAGACCUACGGAUGAGGAGACAGCACUCGUCAGACAGCGUCAGCAGCAUUGCCAGUGCAACCAGCCACUCCAGUGUGGGAUCCAACAUGGACGCCGACGCUAAGAACAAGAAGAAGAACAAGAAGAACUGGUUGCGGAGCUCCUUCAAACAGGCGUUCAGUAAGAAGAAGUCUCCCAAGUCUGCCUCGUCCCACUCUGACAUAGAGGAGAUGACGGACUCCUCCCUCCCCUCCUCCCCCAAACUCGCCCACAAUGGAUCCACAACCUCCAGCCACAUGCUCAGGAACUCACAGUCCAACUCACUGCUGUCGGACUGUCUGGACGGUGAGGCAGAGACAGUGAUGCAGCUCCGCAGCGAGCUCAGGGAGAAGGAGAUGAAGCUGACAGACAUCCGCCUUGAGGCUCUCAGCUCGGCCCAUCAACUGGACCAGCUCAGAGAGGCCAUGAACCACAUGCAGGGGGAGAUAGAGAAACUGAAGGCAGAGAAUGACCGUCUGAAGCUGGAGAGUACGGGGAGCAGCAGAGCCCCCUCCCAGGCCUCCAUUUCCUCCUCGCCCCCUCACCAUACACACACCCCUACACCAGGGCCUAGUCUGUGCCAGCACAGCAUCAACCUCACCGAGUCCACCAGCCUGGACAUGUUGUUGGAUGAUACAGUGGGAGAUGGAGUGAUGAGGAAAGAGGGACGACAUGUGAAGAUAGUGGUCAGUCUGGAUGAGUACCUCUCCCAGGAGGCCAGGGCUCGCCACUUCCUGAUUGGCUGUAUCGGUGUGAGUGGUAAAACCAAGUGGGACAUCUUGGACGGGGUGGUCCGCCGCCUCUUCAAGGAGUACAUCACCCAUGUGGACCCAGUGAGCCAGCUGGGGCUGACCUGUGACAGUGUGGAGGGAUACAACAUCGGGGAUGUGCAUCGUCAUAGCAACACCAGCACCGCUCACCCCCCCGAGCUGCUGCCCUGCGGCUACCUGGUUGGAGACAGCGACACCAUCAACAUCAGGCUCAAAGGUGUGAGCAGUGAGAGUGUGGACUGCCUGGUGUUUGACACCCUGAUCCCUAAGCCCAUGCUGCAGCGCUACGUGUCUCUGCUGAGGGAGCACCGCCGUGUCAUUCUCUCUGGCCCCAGCGGCACCGGUAAAACACACCUGGCUCAUCGUCUGGCAAGACACCUGCUCCUGCAGGAGGGCCGACCCCUGACCCCUCAUUCCGUCGUCACCUUUAACGUGGACCACAAAUCUAGCAAGGAAUUGCGUCAGUACCUAUCAGGCCUGGCUGAGCAGUGCAGCAGUGACAGGCCAGAGGCAGAGAGCCCUCUAGUGGUCAUACUGGAUAACCUGCACCAUGUCUCCUCUCUGGGAGAAAUCUUUAACGGAGUUUUCAACUGCAAGUACCAAUGUUGCCCCUACAUCAUCGGUACUAUGAGCCAGGCCACAUCCUCUGCCCCCAACCUACAACUCCACCAUAACUUCAGGUGGGUGCUGUGUGCCAAUCACUUGGAACCGGUGAAGGGCUUCCUUGGUCGCUAUCUGAGGAGGAAGCUGAUCGAGACGGAGAUCGGCAGCCGCAAGCGUACCCUGGAGCUGGUAAAGAUCAUCGACUGGAUCCCUCGUGUCUGGCACCACCUCAACCGCUUCCUAGAGGCACACAGCUCCUCUGACGUUACCAUCGGGCCACGCCUCUUCCUGUCAUGUCCCAUGGAUGUGGCUGGCUCCAGGGUGUGGUUCACAGACCUCUGGAACUACUCCAUCAUUCCCUACAUGCUGGAGGCAAUCAGAGAGGGACUGCAGCUGUACGGCCGUAGGUCAGCGUGGGAGGACCCUGCAUGCUGGGUGAUUGACAGCUACCCCUGGUCAGCCACGCCCACCGCACCUGCUGACUGGCCCCCGUUACUGCAGCUCCGCCCAGAAGAUGUGGGCUUCGACGGUUACUCCGCCCCCAGGGAGGGCAUCAGGAAGGAGCCGCCGCAGAGCGACUGUGACGCAGACCCACUGAUGAAUAUGCUAAUGAGGCUGAAGGAAGCAGCCACUUCCUCCAGCCCUCAGAGAUACGACAGCGACUCUAACAGCAACAGUCACCAACACGACAUCCUGGACUCAACACUGGAGUCAACAUUGUGAUCCGACUCCUCCCCCUUCCCAAGAAGACACAAAUACAUUCAGUUAACGUUUUUAUGUUCAGUCAAUACAACAUUUCUUUUGAAUGUGUUUUUCAAGCUCACGUCCACACAAAAAAAUCAAGCCACUUUAAUUGUCAUGUCCAGAACACGACGGGUGCAGGUAACCCAAAAUGAGAGAAGAACUGAAGAAGGAAAACAAAUAGGGGUGAAACAGAAAGCUGCUGCGCUGUUCUAUUUUUGCACCGUCAUGGCUAACCGCUCUCCUACGUCCAAUCCGGACGUGCCAUUUAGACAAAGCAACUGACAUAAACCAGGAUUUUACACUGUGCGUCAUCUUCACCGUCUUCGACGUUUUCCUUAUCAGCAUCAGUACCAUGGUCUCCUUAUAAAAGAGACCGCAUCUUUGAGCCAAACCCACCACAAUCAGCAAGCCAGGCUCCUCACGGCUCUUCCCCAGCUGCAAGUGCUCCAAACUGGGCUACAGAUUGAGCUACAGGCCCUUUCCUUUGGAGCAUGGUGCUGGGGGUCUCAUCUUCAUCAUCUCCACACAGACCAAAUGCACUGGUUCCCAAAUGCCUCCUUAUGCCCCCAAUGACACACACACACACACACACACCCAUCACCAUUCACCUGCCCCUACAUGUGACUCCUUUUGUCCCAAACGGGUCGCCGUAGCAUGAGUUUCUUCUCCAGACGAAAGUCUCUACUUUGGUGCUGGACUGAACUUCAAUAAGGAUGCCUUACUUUAUUUUGUAACAGACUUUGUGCAUUUAGCUACUUUUUUAUUUUGUCUUUUUGGCCGUAAACUUACAGGGCUUUAAGUCGACACUCUCUUUGCGUUGUGCCGAGGCAGGUGUGGCUUGAAGAGCAGCGUCGACUAUCGUCAUAUCAAACACUAAUGCCAUGUUAUUAAGAGGUUAUUAGGGCUUGAAUAGGGAAAGGGACUUGGGCUUUAAUAACAUGUAAUGAAUUGUAUUGCUCCCAAUGCUGAGAAGUUUGUAAAAGUUUGGAUAUAACUUACUAAGGACAAUUUGUGAGAUGGGGAAAGUACAAAUUGGUUGGUGCUCAAAGUACACAUAAUUUUGUAAUAAAUGUGGGGGAACGUUUAUUAAGGAAUUGUUUUAGUCUCUAUACCUCAUCUACCUUCUAUACUCCCCUUUACGCCUUUGCCAUGCUUGUUGUCUGUUUUGAUCAUGUGACGUGUAAUGAUUAUUGUUGUCAUGACAACAUGUUGAGUGAAUAUGUAACAAUAUGUAUAUGCUGCUUUGUUUAAAGUCAUUUUUACUUGAGGUCAUGUUUAAAAGGUACAAAUGGGAGAAGUUAAAGAUUUAAGAAUGGUUAUGGCUUCAGGUCAAAACAGAUUUUUUUUUUUUCUUGGCUUCAGAAAUUGUGUAUAUUGUCCCCUUUCCUCCAAAAACCUUCAUCCUAGGAGGAGAAGUGUGUUUUUUUGGGGUCCGAUUAGGUUAUUUGUUUCCAGCGUCGCUUCCAUUAUCUUUCAGAGUUCUUAAGUCAUCAAACCUAUGCAACAUUCAUUUCAAACUCAAAAUUGAAGCCAAGCCUUAUGUCAGUUCUUUAAAGUUUUUCAGCACUGCCAAGAAGAUGUACAGCAAGUGAUCCGAUUUUGUGACUAGUUUUUGGGGAGCGUACAGUCUUUGCUCAUUUACAAAUCAAAUGUGUCUGUGCAUUUGGAGAGGGCGUCUUGUCAUAGUGAAUGCAAGCACAACAAACACCGGAUAUGUAUGUGCUUGUCUGUAUGUCCACCGGUGAAACGACCUGCUCGCUUUGAGAAGUUUGGGAUGGUGAAAUGAACGGAGUUGCUGUUGAAAUCACAUGUUCUUAAAACUUAAUGAAUGUGUAGCCUUCUUUCCUAUGUAAAAAAAAAAAACACAAAAAAAACACACAAAAACAUAUGUAACAUAACAGUGUAAAUACUUGAUUACCUUGCAACAUUUUGAUGACUUUUCUAGCCAAUUUGUAACUACUUGAAAAUGAGUAUUUUGUGUACAGUCUCUUUUGCGUCAGAGCAGGCGUGUGGAGUUUAUCGUCAAUGUUCUCUCCAGAGCUUGGAGAACUGAUUCUGAAGAUCACUGUACUAGUCUUAAGUUAUUUGUGAUUCAAUAAAAAUCAUGGUUAUUUAUUAA